GUUGUUUGUAACCUUAAACAGAUACUGUGUUAUGUAUUUUCUGUCUGAAGAACACGAAAGCAAAAGCAGAUCAGUUAAGUCCAGAAAAACAUCAACAAUUAAAGCGUUAUAAUCCUGACAGCAGCAAACAACCAUGUCAAGUGCAUCAACCUUUUCACUGGAUUUGUACAAACAUGUUGUUUCUCACAAUCCUAAUGACAACAUGUUCAUGUCGCCGAGCAGCAUUUUCGUUGUCAUGACGAUGGUUCAAACUGGAGCAAAGAAUGAAACGAGAAAGCAGAUGAUUUCUACGCUACGAUUCAGGUCAAAUGAUCAACAGAUGAUACUUGCAGAUGCUGAGCAAUUUGUUAAAGUGUUGAACAAAGGGAGCGAUCAUGUCACACUAAAAAUCGCUAACAGGCUCUAUCCUAACAGUGAUAAGCACAUCCUGGAAGACUAUAUUAAAGCUGCAGUCAAACAUUUGGCCUCAGAUGUCACAUAUGUGGACUUCAUAUCAAACCCCGAGGGAAGCAGACAAGAAAUAAACAAAUGGGUAGAAGAAGUCACAAACGAAAAGAUCAAAAACCUUCUGCCGAGCGGAUCUAUUAAUACCCUAACAAGAAUGGUAGUUGCAAAUGCCAUCUAUUUCAAAGGAAACUGGGCAACACAGUUUGAGCCUAAUAGUACGACACGUACUGAUUUUCAUACAUUAGAUGGAAAAUCAGUCAAAUUAGACAUGAUGAAACGAGAAAUGAAGAAAGUGCUAUAUGGCGAGAACAAAGCUUUGGAUUGCAAGGUUUUACAUAUGCCUUACAUUGGGGAUGAAUUGGCUAUGGUAGUGCUACUUCCCAAUUCCGUCACUGGGUUGCUGGAAAUGGAGAAAAAGAUAAACGUCGAAAAAAUAAACCAAUGUAUUGAAGAUGUUUACUCACCAACUGUUAAAGUGUCUGUUCCGAAAUUCAAGCUCGAGAGUUCAUUCCAGCUUUCAGAUACAUUAUCGUGUCUUGGAAUGCCUGACGUGUUCGAUACAAACAAAGGUGACCUCUCUGGAAUGGGGAAGGAUUUGUUUGUUUCUGAAGUUUUCCACAAGGCAUUUGUUGAUGUCAACGAAGAAGGUACAGAGGCUGCAGCUGCAACUGCUGGGACAAUUAUGUUUUUUAGUGCACCGCCUCCUCCAAAGAUAUUCACAGCUGAUCACCCGUUCAUGUUUAUGAUCUGGCACUACCAGCUGAAGGCGCCACUUUUUGUUGGUCGUUAUACUGGAUCAACAUUGGAAGCCGCUCUGUCUCGAGACGAACUCUAGUUUGCACAGUUUCAGCAAAGAGACUUCGCAGAAAAUAUCUGCAGUCUCCGAAUGUCAAGAAUCGUUAAGUUAAUAUACCUUUUUAUUCGGUCGUUUUUUUGCAAACUAUCUCUGCAAUUUCAUAACCAGCAAGAUCGCUUGAACCAUUUCUUAAUUGCCGUUGUAUUUUAAAAAAGCUCAGUGCGUCUUAUUUGGAUAUUGAUGAAUAUUUGUGAUACAAAUUUGUGAGCGUAUAAUCUCGGACAAGUUUGAUAAACAGCCUGAUCAUAUAAAGCACUUUUGAAUAACGGUAUAUUACUAAUAAAUAUUAAUCACAUUAACAUUGUUUUCUAUUUUAACAUAACUGAUAUAAUCGUAUUAUCAUCAAACUGGUUUACAAUGUUCAUGGGCAUAAAUCUUAAACAGAUAUGAUGGUCAACCUGAUCGCCGGAAGCUUUACUGAACCUUUAUACCUUUGUAUAGUGCCAUAUUUAAAAAAUCAAUGUUGUCUGCUAUCUCAUUUAAAUGGCUAUUAUCUUAUAAUCAUCAAACUUGAUCGAUAUAACCCAGACUUGUAAACGGACGUAGAUUGAAACAUCUUGACACUAUUGUAUCUUUGUUUUUUCUUAAAGUUACACAAUUCCUUAUUUUCUUUGGAGUUGUAUAUUAGGAUUGUUGCUAGUCGGCCCGAUUGUGAAAUGUCUGAUAUAUCAGUUAUUCAGUAUUAACAUAUAGUUACAAUGAAAACACAAAAUUCAAAGUGUGCAUUUUUUAAGACGUUGCUGUGCGAACAUAGCCAACAAUGUUUGACUAAGUGUGAUUUAUCUUUUUUUUCGAACGCAUUUCAUUUUGCAAAAACUAGGCAGUUUAAUUUAUCAGGACAUUGCUCGUCUAGUUCCUUAAAAUGUUGUUUCGAUACAUGUAUGUUUCAUGUUUUGCCAACGUUAUUAAUACUCUGUACAGGUGUUAUGAUUAAAGCAUUUUCUUACUGUUAACACUUUUUGUUUGCUUAACUGUAUACUCUACAUUACCCAUGAUAUCACACAUUUAUAUGUGCAUACUUUGUGUAUUUGUAAUAUAUUGUUUGUAAUAUGUUGUUAAUAGGUGGAUAGCCGAUGCUUAUAUGUCAAUAUUUACGAAUACGUGUUGUAAAAUAUUUCUUAAAAUUAUGCAUCGAAAAUAGUCAAACAAUAUUUAUUGAUUCGUGUUCAAAGUUAAGAAGAUUGUGAUGACCCUAACUCCAAGUCAACGGUAUCAAACGUUUGGGAGAUUUUGCAGAAAUUCAGGUUUACAUGAUGUUUGGUUAUAUCUAGAAUCAUUUAAUAUAAACAGUUUGAUAAUAAUUUUAAGCAAUAUAUUACAAAAGAUGUUCAUUUGGUGAUAAAUUCUAAAUGACUCUCACCUGUGCAAUAUACUUCCUAAGUAGCCGAAAUCUUUACUAAAUAUACUGCUUUAAAAAACAUGAAAAAUAACAUUAACAAAACAUGCACUAUUGUAAUAUAAAUGAUAAUUUCUCAGUUGUAGAUCGUUCUUUAUUUUAAUUUAUUGCAACGGUUUUAUGUUAGAAAUGCAACCAAUAUACAAUAAAUACCUACUAGUAAAGAAUGUAAAAGUCAGUUGACCAAACUAUUGGAACAACCCUCAAAUGACUGUAAUAUAAUGGAAACCCGCGAACAAAAAUAGGCAUGCUCAAUUUUCAUAGUGCAAUAACGAACACUUAUUUAUAGUCAGCUAUGGUGCAAGCCUCAAACUUAGCGAGACAGUAUUUAUUUAUUGGAACAAUGUUUCAAUUUAUUGAUCAGCAUCCACUUGUACCCAUGUUAAGUAGUAACUAACUGAUUAAAUAAAUUCAAUUAUUAAUACACAAACUAUACAUUGAUAUUAACAACUUUCGCACGCCAAUAUAGUCUGAUUUUGAUAUAUGCAACACUUGUCGUCAUAAAAUAAACAAGAACUGUCUUUAAAAAAGA